UUUGCUGUGAAUCGAUUUAAUGUUUCUAGUGUUGGAAUGCCAGGACCUCCAUGGAUUAAAAAACGGUGAACGAAACUGCGCUGACUGGAUUUUCGGAAAAAUCUGUUCUCCAACUUGUCAACCUGGAUAUGUGUUCUAUACAGCAGUUUCAGAUACAUACGAAUGCUCCCUAAACGGGGAAUGGACCCCAAGUAACAUUAUUCUUGACUGCUCUGCUUUCAUACCCAAGACAGAAGGUGAAUGUCCUGCUGGAACAGAAUCGAAACACGACCCAGAGAACGGCGAAAUUUGCGUGGAAUGCCCACCGGGAUAUUUUUGGCAGUCAAAUAGCGCCGUUUGCAAUAUCUGUCCUACUGGUGAAUAUCAAGAUGAAUUCAGACAAGUUGCGUGUAAGAAGUGCCCCAUGGAUAAAAAUAUUUUGUUAAAACUCUCACCAACUGCUCAACUAUCGUGUGAAAAAGUUUAGAAAACCAACAAUGAAUCCGGAGUAGGCAAAAGUAUUGCUUAGGAAAAGUAAAAUUAUUCACAUUUGAAUUAGAUGGGAAAAUGAACUUCUUAAACAACAUUUUCAAUAUAUCAAGAAUUGGGAGAAAUAAAAAUUACAGAUGUUAAUGUUCUCUGUUUCUGAAAGAAAACACCAUGACAUCAUUACUGUACAUUUUUUUGG